AUGGUAAUGACUAUACGGAAGGGCAUAUGUGUAGCUCCACCCAUUCAACAACAAGGGAGGAAUAGGAAGGAGGAGGAAGGCAAAGGAAGGCAGAGGAAGGCAGAGGAAGGCAGAGGAAGGCAGAGGAAGGCAGAGGAAGGCAGAGGAAGGCAGAGGAAGGGAGAGGAAGGCAGAGGAAGACUGAAAAAGGAGGUGGGAAGAGGAAAAAAACUGGAAUUGGUAGAAUCAUCGGAACAAAAAGAAUUCCCCAUCAAAUGAUAACCCUUAAAAUAAUCUCAUAUUACAUAUCCACAACAUUACAAACCAACCCUUUCCUUAUUAGUCUAUACAGCAAAUAUCCUUACCUAUCACCCUGCAUUAGAAAAUUAUUUACGACUUAAUCAGCGCGGUAAAACGGCAACGCGGCGUUCUGGUCUCCAUGAAAAGCAUCCUUCUAAUUACUCGACUGUAAACAAUGCAAAUAAUGAGUAAGCUCUAUCAUGUAGACGGGCGGCGCGCGAUUGGUCGGAUUUCGAACGGGAAGUUGCCGUCGACCAAUCAUCGUUGUUUUUUUUUUUCGAGUGCAUUCGGAUCAAGUGGCGCGUUCUUCAGUUACAGCACCGCACGUCCUCUAUCGGAUUGUAAUAGGGCACCAUGCUGGAAGCAUCGUCGAUUGUGCGUUUUCCAUUACCAUUCGCUGGAUAUUUGAUGAGUAUAUCAAGUGACGGUGUCGCUUGAUACGAGCUCGUGGAAGAUGAACGGUGAUUGAAACCAAAUUGCACCACUUUCGUAUACUUUGGUUCUUCUAAAAUUCGGUUUGAGAC